CAUGAAAAUAAUAGCCAGCCAAUUUUUUGAAGGCUGUUGCGGGAGUAAUGUUCUACGUAACCGUGCAAGCGAAGAUAUUAUCGAAAACAAUUCAAUAGACAGGAACCCAUGCACAAAUAAUCUAUGCAAGCAGAGUGAAACUAAAGAAGAAGAGAAAAGAUAUGCUUUACCCUCUGUUCUCUCUAGAGAGCAAAAACUUGACAAUGACGACCAUGAGCUUGAAAACCUCUGAAUGGAUUGACUGCGAUGAAAGAUAUCAAAAGGCUCUGAUGCCUACUCUUUAUGGCAGCAUUCAUACCAUGAAUGACAAGCCUAAAGCUCAGAAUAAUAAAAAGACUGAAAGCACGAUUUGUACAAAAAAGAACUGUCAAACAAAAUCGAUUCAGGUUUCAGAAUCUUUACUAAAUGCUGAACAGAAGCUACAAGGUUUUGAGGAGGAUAAAGAGCAACCAAAUGAAUCUCAAAAACAAAGUAAUCUAAAUGAUAGCAAUGACAAUCUUGGGCAGAGUUCAAGCAUUAAAUAUAAUGAACUAAGAAGUCAGGCAAAAAGUCAUAACCCGUCUUUCAUUAAGCAAAAACUAAUUUCAAAAUCUCCUUCAAAUAGAGGCUUUUCUUUUAAUAAGAAGAAAAGCAAACAGAAGAAAAUAAAUCAAAUUCCAAAUUCUAUCGAUCCGAACCCUCAUCCCGAUUAUUUUAACAGAACAAGAUCUCAGUAUUCCCAAAGAUCCCCCCAAAAAACCUACUAUGGAAAUGUCGAAGAUUUUCUUGAUGCUGGAAAUAGGCCAACAAUAAGUUUCGUGUACUAUUAAUUCAAAUACCA